GACGGUCGUCUGUUGUUGUGAUUGACAAGACGGCACGAAAGUUACGUUAAUUUCCGUCGAAUUUCAGUCAUUACACCAUGACGGAGGACAUGGAGGAGUUGCAGGAUGACGGGGAGGAUUAUUACACCUUUUUAAACAUCUCAAGAACGGCAACUGAAGAGGAGAUCAACAACAUUUGCGUCUCAGUCGUUCUUUACCAUCCAAUAAAAAACAUAUUUUGCUUUCCAGUUCUGAGUGAUGCUCACAUGCGUGCAAUAUAUGACAACUUAGGGACGGCUGGAUUAGAGACUCAGGGCUGGGAAGUGGUUCAACGCACCAAAACGCCUAAUGAGAUCAGAGAAGAAUAUGAACGUUUAGCAAGGGAUCGUGAAGAGAGGCGGCUUCAGCAGAGGACCAACCCCAAAAGUUCUGUCACAAUGACUGUCAAUGCCACAGAUCUUUUUAAUAUUUAUGAUGAAGAAUCUCCAUACAUGGACUUAAGAGACAUAUUUGGUUUACCUCAUAUUGAAAUUAGUGGGAUGUCUCUGAACCAAUCCAUUGAGGCACCACUGACGAGUAGAGACACUGCUAUACUGUCAGGCAACCUCUCCUCACAUAAUGGCAAUGGAAGUGGAGGCAUAAACUGUUCGGUGCGGAGAAUUACAUCCGAGAAGGGUUGGGGAGAACUGGAAUUGGGAGCUGGUAAUGGGCUAAAUAUUGCUUUUAAGGGCUUUAGGAAUUUUUCUCGAGGAGUCUUUGGGAAUGGAUCUGUACUUACACACUUCACUCCCAACGGGCUGCGAGUAGGAACAGUAGCAACUAUAGCAAAUCAAUUAGACAAGCAUACAGUUGGAUACUUGACUUGGAAAGCUGGAAUGCAGAGUGGCAUGAAUACCAUGAUCAUUCGAGACACUGCCUCUCAUCAUAUCGUUUUCUCAGCAUAUAUUGGAAUCCCUCACACAUAUGCUGCUCUGUCUUUUACACACAAAAUGCCAGACAAUGAUGCAAAAGUGAAAUUAACGGGGAAGGCAGGCACAUUUGGUGCAAUAUUUGAAUAUGGUGCAGAGAAGAAGGUUUCACAGAAUAGUUCCCUUGCAGCUUCUCUUUCUUUAGGGGUUCCAACAGGUGUACAGCUCAAAGUCAAACUUCAUCGUGCAUCACAGACGUAUGGAAUGACCAUUUUACUGUGUGAGGAGAUUCUACCAGCACCUAUUAUGUAUGGCACUAUGGUGCCUCUGGUCAGCUGGUUGGCAGUGCAUAAGCUUGUAAUUCAACCAUACCUUCGACAACGGAAACAGACAGAACUCCAGAAGCAGAGAGAAAAUAACAAAAGCAGACUGUUAGAGAAACGACGUGAAGCCAAUGCAGCAGUGGACCUCAUGCGAGAGACGGUGAAGAGGAUUGUGGACCAAGAAGAGGCUCGCAAGGGCCUUGUAAUCCUCCAGGCUUUGUAUGGACAGCUUGUUACUGAGGGUACACAGCAGGAUGGUUGUGAAGUGUCGGAAGAGGUUGUAGAUGUCACCAUUCCACUGCAGUGUUUGGUGAAGGAUUCAAAGCUUAUUCUCCAAGAAUCAUCCAAGUGUUCAUUACCAGGCUUUUAUGAUCCGUGUCCAGGAGAAGACAAGAAUCUGAGGGUCAGAUACCUGUUCCAUGCUGUUACUCAUGAAGUAACCAUCAAGGACACAGAAUCAUUGAGGAUACCCAAACAAUCUCAUCGCUUGGAGACGUAACCAAGAGAACUGCCCCCCUCCAACCUGUAUAUAUGUAAUGUCCACUGCCCUUGUUCUACAUGUAUAUACUGUAACUCGAGACUAUGUGUUCUGUUAUCCUUGAAGAUUUUAAAAGUUAUAUAUGGUUGUAUGAAUAUUGAAAAUAUGUAUAUUUAGUCAAUAUAGUGAUAAAUCUAAUUGAUAAGACAGGGAAGCACAAAUGUUUCAGAGAAUUGUAAUUGACAGGUCAGUUGAUGUGCUUUGACAGUCAGGAACCUGGUGUGAUUAUGCAUUUGCCAUAUCAAUGUGAGUUAAUUUUUAAUGAAUUGCUCAUAGUCCGUGUAACAGUAAUAUACCAUUUUGUAAAUUUGAACUUUUAUCUACUCUGCAGUGGCAUUUGCUUCCACUUCAUGUCCCUAUAAAAUAAGUGUUUAGUAUUGCUCAAAAUACUAAGCAGCUAAUUUAUGGACAUUCCGAACCAGUUUCCAAAUAGAUGUGUGUGAGAUCAGGUUUCAGUUCAGCUUCAUGGCUUUCUGGCUGAACCUGCAAGAAGGGAACCAAUUGGCUGUCCUAGACGGGGCUCAAGGAGAUUUUCAGCUCAUUAGUUUCUAUACAUGUACUGUAUAUUUCAUCAUGGAUCAUGAAAAUAAAAUAUGGACUAGAGUACAUUACUUGAAA